GAAAUUUUAUGUAUAGAAAUAUAAACUAAAAAGAUAGUUACUAAAAAGGCUUUAUUAUGUAUUUAAAUACUAUUCAACAAUCUUCAACUUCUCUUCUUAAAUGCAAACAAGUUUACAAAUUAACUCUGUGUGCUUAUUCUUCUGGAAUUGGGUUAAGAAGAUCAUUACCUCAUAAUACAAUCGUUAAAUUUGUCCCUCAACAAGAAGCUUGGAUAAUUGAAAGAUUUGGAAAAUAUUACAACACUCUAUUACCAGGUUUGAACUUUUUAUUGCCAAUAAUAGAUGAAAUCAAGUAUGUGCAAUCACUGAAAGAGAUUGCAAGUGAAGUUCCUCAACAAUCCGCAAUUACUAAAGACAAUGUUUCUUUAAAUCUGGAUGGUGUUUUGUUUUUUCGUGUUGUUGAUCCUUAUCAGGCAUCUUAUGGAGUUGAAGACCCUCAGUUUGCUAUAACCCAACUAGCUCAAACAACAAUGAGAUCUGAAAUUGGUAAAAUGGCGCUAGAUGAAGUGUUUAAAGAAAGAGAUACUCUCAAUCUUUUAAUUGUCGAAGCAAUAAACUCUGCUGCAAAGGUGUGGGGCAUUAAAUGCUUACGAUAUGAAAUACGAGACAUUCAACUUCCUACUAAAGUACGUGAGUCCAUGCAGAUGCAAGUUGAAGCAGAGAGAAAAAAAAGGGCAGUUGUUUUAGAGUCAGAAGGUCAAAGAGAAUCUCAAAUUAACAAAGCAUCUGGAGAAGCAAAUGCUUUACUGGCCACUGCAAAAGCAAGAGCAGAGGCGAUAACAAUGAUCUCAAAUGCUUUAAAUCAAGCUUCUGGCAAUCAAGCUGCUGCAUUGUCUGUAGCUGAGCAGUAUAUUCAAGCAUUUAGUCAGCUUGCUAAAACAAGCAACACAGUUAUCAUUCCUGCUAAUGCUAAUAAUGUUUCAAGUAUGGUUGCUCAGGCGAUGGCGAUAUACAAAUCUAUCGAUCAAAAAUCUGAUGGUCAUUCUAAAAAUGAUAGUCAAACUACGGAAAAAAUUUCCAGCGAUUCUACCUCCGAUAAAGAACAGACUUUAGGAUUUUCAGGUUAUAAAGACAUUUCAAAUCUAAGUUCCUUAGGAGAAUUCAGCGUCGCUACAUCUUCAACUCGGAAACGAGAUUUCACCUAAGUUGUGAUUUUAUAAGCUUAUAAAAAGUUGUGAUUUUUAAAGCAAUUAUAUUUGUAUAAUCUUAUUUUAAUCACAAA